UCUGUAUACACUACACACAGCACCUGACACUUUAUACUCAGUAUAACUCACUCUAUACAACUGCAUGAGAUCUAAUACAGGAAGUGGGUUGGGAUGUGUGGGCGUGGCCUAAUAAUGACAGUACUGCGGUUGCUAUAGAGACCGUCCGGCAUCACCGUCAGCCAGCUGAUCCCAGACACAGGCCCGAGGUAACCGGGGACCGGAGGUGAAACGGGCGCUUAGAUCUGGCUGUGGCUACUGAGAGGGCACGAUGCUGCCCGGGUCCAUCCAGAUGUCAGGGGAGACCCUGUCUGGGGCAGAGGUGAAAGGUGUAUGUGAGGGCUUGGCAGAGGGCACUGUCCGCCUUUUGUCCCUUCGUGGCUGCCACCUCUCAGAUCGAGACUUUGCUCGUCUAUGUCAGGGGGUGUCACAGUCUCCUUCACUUGUUCAGCUCAAUCUUAAUCUGGGUGUUGUGUCCAGUGCCACACGGGUCCAGCAGCUGGCACACAGUCUUCACACCAACCGGUCCCUGCAGUCCCUCUUCCUACAUGGAAACCCACUGACUGAUACCGGUCUGUCCCUGCUGAAUCCUGCCCUGGCUAUGCACCCUUCACUGGUGUCUCUGGAUCUUGGGGACUGCAUGAUUGGUGAUGAGGGGAUUAGUCUGAUCUGUGGCCUGCUCCCUCCGGAUGGGGCUAAACCUGGUCUAAGGGAGCUUACGCUCUCUGCUAACCCAGCGAUAACCUGCACUGGUUGGGCACGGCUGGCUAUUGCUGUAGCUCAUAGCUCCCAAAUACGGACAUUAAACCUGGACUACAAUCCUCUGGGAGAUCACAUUGCCUCUAUGUUAGCUGUGUGUGUGGCAUCCAGUCGUACCUUGGAGGUGUUGGAUUUGGAAGGGACAGGGCUCACCAAUCAGUCUGCUCAGAUCCUUCUGGACAUGGUGCAGAACUACCCAACUCCCCUGAAGUCCUUGGUCCUGUCUGAGAACAAUAUCAGUAUGGACCUGCAACAGCAGAUAGCAGACCUGCUCUCAGAGGGAGAGGAGGAGGAGGAGGGUGAUAGCCGAGGACAGGAGCAACCAGUGAGAGAGAAAAGAUCCAGCCACACCUCAGGUCCUGGUCCUCAUAGAGUUCUACUGACCUCUGGCCUGGGGGACAGUCUCCUCGCAGAGACAGAAAUGUAAUGCCCACAACCUUAUACCACUCGACCACCAUUGUACAUGCACCUACAUUAUGUAAUGGCCUGAGAGCAGGCACUGAGCUGUGAGCAGCCAGGAGAACUUCUACGCCACAGUAUCGGCUCUGCAGCUGCUAUGAAGGCGAGGGAGGGGGGAUGGGCACAACUAUAUUUUUUUUAUCGCAGAGUAUUUGUUCAUAAGGCAGCAAUGCAAUAUGUUAAUCUUUUUGGUGCCUGAGGAGAUCUUGUUACAAACAAUACAUUUGCACACAUACAAUUAUUUUUUUUAAUUAUAGAUAAAGUCUAUUUAUUAAAAUAAUAUGAAGAUGAGAAAGAUAUAAGAGAAAAUGUACCUGGGAUUCCUUGCACACGUUACUCAUUAGUUGUGUAGUAAACAGACCAUUAACCUAAGACUAGUUACUAUAGAUAGAGAAAUUGAGGAUGUAAGCACUUUUACUGUAGAAUCCAUGGAGUCAGAUAUAGAAGCCCUGGCCUUUUACUGAAGCAUUUGCUUGUGACAGUAACCAAUGGAAUACAGGGUUAAUUAAGGUCUUAUAACUGUCCCCCCUUACCUCUUUGCAUAAGGAUUUUGUUAGACACAAGCACUAAAUCAUUGAGGCAGAUAUCUGUUUCUUUGAGAUAUACAAUCUGUUUACUAACUUCUCCCUAUGAAAUGAUGGGACAGCACAAGAUUAAUCCCGUCCCAAAGAUAGGAAAUGUCCAUGUGACACAGGGUAAUAACCAGGAGGUACCAUAUAGUCAUAGCUCCACACCAAAAGUACUGGAAGCGCACUCUGCUCGCCACUGCUGGGGUUAUACCUUGUUACAGGGAGGGACCUGGUACCCAUAAUUAAUGACACAGACCAUUAAUGCCGUGCACGCAUGCUAAUCUCCCAGUCACUUUACACUGGAGAUCUUGAAGUCACUGUAAAGAGCACAAUCAGCUCAAUAAAGUUUUUCUUAAACA